AUGCCAUCCAUAUAAUGCCAUAUGAAGGUGUUGCCUCACAAUUUCUUUUUCCAUGAUCAACUUUCCGCAGCUCUAUUGACGUCAAAUCUUCACUUUACCACUGUCAGGCACUUUUCUCUACUAUCGUCACUUACACCGUCAUGCAUUCUCCUGUCGAAGAUGUUAAGGGCACGCUCACUAAACUCCGCCAGCGUAUCACCGAACUCGAACAAGACCUGGAAAUAGCCGUGGCUGAAAGAGAUCAACUUCGCCAAGAAGUACGGCUUCUUCGACAAAUCGUCCGAAACUCCCCGACAGAGCUGUUCGAGAGAAUUCAGGAUGAUGAGCUCAGACGGGUGUGUUUUGAUGCCACAGGCGGUCGAGAUCUUCCAACCAAUUCAUAUUACGAGCCAGCCGAUACUGAUGUUCAUGCACAUGUGUACCCGGACUACGUCCAGGGCGACGAAGUGAUCUUGAUGGCAACAAAUGACAACAUGCUGCCGGAUGGUCACGAACCACAAGUCACAGCUCUGGGUUUAUCCUCUCCCAGGAGUUCACUGGCAUCAUUUGCCAGUCUUUCGCAAACGCACGAAAAAAAUGAGCUUCGUGGUCCUCUCCCUGCACAGAUGUGCGCCACCAUGGACUCCAUCCUCUUGGUGACAGCAAA